ACCAAAGUUCUUUUAAGGAUAAUCCACAUAUUUCUCUGAUAGAUCAGAAACAAAGAUGGCGAAGCAAUUGGGUUUACAUAAAAUCGUGAAAUUCUUUCAAGUAAUGAGAGAUAAUGGGGGUCCUUUCAAAUCCCUACGAACUUUGUACAGAAUGGAUACAAUAAAAACUGGAACAUUGGUUGGUGUGGAUUCGCUUGGUAACAAAUAUUAUGAAAAUAAUUCAUAUUUCUAUGGUACUAACAGAUGGGUAGUAUAUGCAGACCAAUUUGGUAUGGACUAUGAUGGUUCUCAAGUAACCCCAGAAUGGUUUGGUUGGUUACAUUAUAAAACAGAUUUAGUUCCCCAUAAGGAUCCCUCGAGACCCAAACAUAGGUGGAUGGCCGAGCAUAAACCAAAUUUAUCUGGUACAAAAGAUGCUUACAUGCCUUAUACUACUGUAAAACCAAAAAUCGAGGCUUGGAAACCACCCCAGUAAUAAAAUUGUUAUUUUGUUUGAUUCCAAUUAAAUAAUAGAAUUAUCUAGCUUAUAAUAACACACUUAUAUGUAGUUAUAAUUAUAAUAUGUAU